AACCUGAAGUGAUGUGUACAAAUAUUUUGUCAACAAAACAUGGCCGGCUAAAAAACACGAACGCCUUGGUUGAGACUUGCUUGAGGCCUCACUUAACUUAACUAUCCACUUAGCUCAUGCUAGCUGGUUUUCAAGUUUGUAUUGAAGUAUCAUAAAUGGCAUUGCUUACUUUGGCAAGAUCCCCUACAUUGGACUGUAGAGAUCUUGCAAAUGAUCCUGAGGAGAAGAGCAACCAACAAGUGGUGAAAGAAGAGGAAGAGGUUACCGAGGAGAAUGAUGCAUUUGAUUCAGAUGUGCCUGUGACACCUAAGAAACACCCUAAACUUGCAAGACUACGAUCCCCAAGUUUUGAAGGGUAUUUUGCUUCAAGAUCUGGUCCAUUUGCUUUGCAAAUUGGAAACAGUCAAAUAAAAUCGACAGCUGACAAGUUGGGUGAAAUUCAAGUUCAUUUAGAGUAUAUGAUCAGUUUGUUAAGAGAAAUUGAUGUUUUACGAAUGGCCGUGCGCAUUGAGAGCAAGAAACCUACAAAGAAGCGAUAUCUAACAGUUGUUUCAAAUGAAAUUGAUCAGUCAGCCAUAGUUGGGAUUGAUUGGACUAAUGAACAAGGACCUACAAUUGGCCUUGUCUUACCCAUAUGGAGUUCAACUAUUUUAAAACUAGAUGGAGAUGGAGGGUUUAAAAUAUCACACACUCUUAGUACAAGAAAUCAUACAUUCAAACCAGUGUCUGUUCAAACAUUAUGGUCUGCACGACAAGUGAUAGACAAAGCAAGUGAUUUUGCACGCAAACAUAAAUAUUACGAAGGAAUUUCAACCAAUGGUUUUCUGGAAUACUACACAGAUAUGAUGUCAUCGGAUGAUUCCAGUAUAGCAGAAUGGAAUGAGAUGGACGAUUUAGGGAGUCAUGUCCAUGAAAUGCUGGCAUCCUGUGAUGAAGGACCUGAAAGAGAAUUCGUAAAAGGUUUAAUACGAUGCAAGUUGAGAGAAGUGAUGAGAAAUUUAAAGUUGGAUGAGGUAACAUGUAAGCAGGUCCGCCUUUUAUGUGAAAAGGAACUAAAUAUGGAUUUAAAAGAAUACAGACAGUUUAUUGACGAAGACAUGCUAGUCGUGAUGGGACAAAUGGAUUAUGCUUCAAAAAUACUUGACUAUUUAUAUCUAGGGUCAGAAUGGAAUGCGACUAAUUUAACUGAACUUAAAGAAAUUGGCAUAGGUUUCAUACUAAAUAUCACAAGGGAAGUGGACAAUUUCUUUCCAUUAACAUUUUCAUACUACAACGUACGAGUGUUAGAUGUGGAAGAAACAGAACUGCUGAAACAUUGGGAUCACACGUACAGAUUUAUUGAAAAAGCACGUGAAUCUAACUCAAAAGUGUUAGUGCAUUGUCGUCAAGGUAUAAGUCGUUCAUCAGCAACCGUGAUCGCGUACAUCAUGAAGAAGUUUGGUUGGAGCAUGAUGGAGACGUUGGAGUACGUGAAAGGAAAACGAAGCAUUGUGAAUCCAAACCCUGGAUUUCAAAAACAGCUUAUCAUAUAUGAAGGUAUAUUAAACUCAAGCCGGAAUCGAUUUAGCAGUUUAUUUCAUCAACGCACUUCGAAGGAUAGUCCACAUAACCAAAAGACAGUGACUGAGAAAAGAAAACUUUUCAAGAAGUCUCAAUCAGUUGAUGAUCAAGCUGAUGGAGCAGGCGAAGGAAAGAUACCAAAAAAAGAUGAUCUUGAAACUGCAGUUAACAUAGAAGAAUCUGUUGUUGUGAAAGCUGCUGUCUGUCCACCUUUUACAGCUGAUAUUUCAUUUGCAGAGGAGAUAGAGGUGGAGUGCACGAAACAAAGUUGGCAAUCACCUGCAUCGCAGCGAGGAAGAUUGUUGCGAGCAAAAACCAUGGUGUCAGGUGCUGUGUUUAUUGACGAAGAUGAUAUAAGUGAUACAACAUCGAGUGUGAACAGUGAUGACAAAAAUUCCUCCGAACUUACUGAUCCCGACGAGGAUGCUCUCAUGCAAGAAGUUGUCGUGGCCACACAGCGAAAAACAGCAUUAAUGAAGUGUGUAGAAGACCUACAAAGUAAACCUUUAGAAGGAGAUACCACGAUUAGCGAAAACAACAUCAGACCGUCCAUUCUUCGUAAACUGCAAGGCUCCGCCGUCAUGCAUUUCGAGAACAUAGCCAAGAUGAAAAGAAGAAAAUCGUUGAAAAAAAAAGAAGACUGCUUUAGUGACGACGAAACAAGGGUUGAGACCAAUGCUAUUAAGAAAAACACCGUUUCUUCCUUAAGCGAAAUGUUCACGAAACGAUCGAAAAAACACGUGCGUGAUUAUGCUCGACGAAGAACGCUCGAUGACGAUUCGUUUAAAGGGAUUUUUGAUAUGCGUUCAAUUGAGGAACAUAAACGAAAAUCGGUUGUAUUAGAUUCGUCUGAAGCAAAUAUUACCGAAAUUCCCGAGCGUGCGUUAAAUCUCGAGUUAGCAGCAAAAACAGAAAAAAUUUUGCCUGAGACAAAACCGCAAUAUCCGAGGUAUAGACAGUAUGGAAGAAUUGGCCGGACUGCGUCGUUAAAGAUUUGGCGCCAUUUUGAUCGCCAAAGAUCUCAGGAUACUGACGAGGUUAGUAAUACGUCAAUGGAGGCUUUGAAUUUGGAGACUGAUUCAACAAGAAUUCUAGACUUUUGUGAAAAAUCAGAAAAAAUCAGUAGCGAUAGUAAAAUCGGGGACGAGUUUUGUGUUGCCGAUCUUGUUCAUCUUCACGAUAAAAUAAUACGAGAAAAGCAUUUUCGGAGACAAAAGACAGAGGAGGAGGGCGGUAGAUUUCCCGAUCAAGAAUUACAGGUAGAAAACGAAGAAAAACUCUAUCACGUGUUAGUUCGAGGAAAGUUAAAGGGUGUACAACCUUCGAACAGUUUGCGUAUUAAACGCGUCCAAUCGUUUCCUGGAAUAAAGCGCGAAAAGACUUUAGAUGACGGAAGUAUAACACGUCAUCCUCAACCAUCGCCACGUGAUACAGACGAAUGCCAGUCUCUACCGGCGUCGCCGAAUUGCUUGCGAAAGUCGGAAACAUUAGAUUUUCACAGCACUUCGUCUGAAAACUCAGAUUCCGUUGUGAAGGAUGUACAAAGUAUAGUCAACGCUUUCGAAACUAAAAAACAAUCUACGGACGAGAGUGUUCAAAAAAUCAUCAAAAACAAAAACGAUCCUGAUUUGCGAAGCGUGGACACGGAUAUGUAUUCACAACUAGCGGUGGCACCCGAAACAACCUUGUAGACUAUUCUUGCAUAACUAGCCGCUACUUUUUAAGUUCGCGAUAUUAAUUUAUUAAGAAAUAUUUAAAUAUGAAUAAAAUUUGGUAAGUAUUUGUAAAUUUACCGGCAUCGAUCGAACGCGUCUUAAAUUUAUCUCGUGCCGUUCGUUUGAAUCAAUCCGUACUUGAUUUUGUGCCGAGAUUUUCAUCUACCUUUAAUGGGAGAAAACAAUGCGUGAAAAUUGACCUUUUUGGCAAAAAAAUAAAUAAUGUGGGAAUUUUUUAAAUCACUAAUUUUCAAAAAUCAAUUUUAUUUUUGAGGGAAAGAAUAAUUUCUAUACGAUUUUAUGUUUUUUUUCCGAAACUUGUCUUCAGUCUGUUGAGGUUAGUAAAAUUAAUCCGCGUGAAAUGUUUUUGCAGAUAUGGGAAAAUUUCUCUCACAUUGGUUUCUCAGUGGGUAAUCUUAAUUGUACAGACAACUCUGAAGAUCCUUGCAGCUGUUUUGUUGUCUUUUGAUACGACGUGACACAAAUCAAACAAGUUAAACACGACGACUCUUACUAAACUAUGUUGUGACAUAAAAUUUCAAUCGCCUGAGAAAAUUUUAUCACUUUCACUUAACAAAGAAUUUUGUCAAAUGUCAUCCUUUAAGAAUGUAAUAAGGGCAGUAAAAUCGUAUCCAGUCUAGUUUUUCCAGAAUCUUUAAAUCCUUAGGUACAUGUCUUUUAUACUUGCAGACUUUUUACAACAACGUUAUUCUGGGAAAUGUUUUGUUAUGUUGAUGGAUAGCAUUUUUAGAUUAGAAAGGGAAUAUUUUCUUCAUGGUAAAUUUUAAUAGAUUUUAAAAAAGUAGUAUUUUUGUAGCUUUUGUAAAUCUUUGUUCGUCUUUCCAAAAAAUAUAUUUAUAUAACUUUUA